CGUCAGUAGUUGUAUUAUGAGAUAUUCAUUCAGAAUGCAAUGUUUCUGUUUAGUAAUAAACAAUGUUGGUCUUAGUUUGUUUCGCAAUAUUGACGACGAUUAACACAUGUGUUGGAAUUCUUUGUCCGAAACAAUGUGACUGUGAUAUGGACGAUGGAUUAAACAGAGCUACAUGUGUGGACCAAAACAUUGUAAGUGUAGAUGUGGGUGUGCCCAAAGAGGUGCAAGUUUAUAGUUUAAGCCGCAAUGUUAUAAGUGAGCUGGAAAACUUUUGUUUUAAGGAGGUUGGUUACACAAAUCUUAGAAUAUUGGAUUUAUCGUAUAACCUUAUAUUUUGGAUUGGAUUACAUGCAUUUUCUGGCUUAGAUAAGUUAACGAACUUGGAUCUUAGUAACAAUAGACUGAGGUUUAUACCUUCAGAUUUAUUUUGGGACACGCCACAACUUUAAAUAUUAGACUUGUCAUCAAACGUUUUUGAACAUUUGAAUAAUGAACCGUUUAUAAUUCACACAAAGUUGCAAGUGUUAAAUCUCAACAAUUGCCGUAUAAAAUUUUUACCAGAGCGCCUGUUUAACAGACUGCCUAAUUUGAAACAGAUAGAUCUCAGUGAGAAUUACGUCGUCACCUUAAAUUUAGACGUGCUUCGACCGUUAAGAAAACUAGAGAGAAUAAAAUUAAGAAAUGAAUAUUGGCAAUGCAAUCCAGAUUUCAUCGCGGUCGAAACGUGGAUUACUUCGCACCAUAUCAAAUACGAAAAACAAUGCACUAAAAAAGUUCCUAAAAUGUCUGAAAAGAUGAUUUCAUUGGUUGUUGAAAGAGAAUCCGUCGAUGUUAAUAAAGUAUGGAACGUGACAGUCGAAAAAAAUAAUUCUCGCACAGAAGUUGAACCAAACAAAACGAAACCGAUGACGCCUUUUGAAAAAUUUGACCGAGAUUUUUCAGCUGUCCAAGCCUUUGUUAUCGGCCUCGAAAUAGGCCUGGCAAUAGGUGUAGUCUUUACUUAUAUUUGGUUGGUUAGAUUUUGUAGUUGCAAGUCAGUCUUUUGUCGCAGGCCCCAAACACGACGACAGCGUCGGAUUCAAAGAGUUGACGGGGACAUGAGAGCUAACUUACUUUGGAAUAACGUUACAAACCCUGAUUUAGAAACUCCGCCACUUAUUCGAAGACAAUUAUCAUUACCAGAUCGAAGUCCACCCUUUCCUGCAAUGAACAUAGCCGGUUUACAAGUUGAUGCAAUACGUGUACAUAGAGCAGAAACGCCUCCACCUCCUUAUAACGAUUGUCGUUUAAAUAUAUAAUUACUUGUUUUAAAGGCCGAAAAAAGAUCAUAUUUUAUUACAAUAAUUUUGUGCUGGCAACUUCAAUCUUUCUGAUAUUUACUAUUUAUGACGAAUCGCAGAAAUUAUGGAAUAUGUGUAAUAUAGAUAAGAAGUUUUGUUGCAAUUGAAUCGGAAAUUCGACUUUAGAAAAUCGAUGAUCUUCGAAUUGACGAAUCUUAAUUAGGGUUCCAUAAGAUAGGUUUUGCCGUCGGAUUAGCUUUGUUUAACGGAUAACCUAAAAUUCGUAAAAUUUUCACCUCUUACUUUCUUUCUAUGUUUUUUGCCCGACAUGGCAAUAAUAAUGUUACUACAAAUACAUCUUUGAUAAAUAUUUCAUAUUUAUCUCGCAUAUAAAUGUCUUUAGUAAUAUUGAUUAUACGAUCAGUUAGAAUUAUUUUUGUAAUUUCAUUUAAAAAAAUAUUAUAAACCACGUCUGAUAUUUCAUUUAUAUCAAGAGAUCAAUUCUCUGUUCAGUUCAGAAUUCAAAUGAAUUGACUUGAAAUGUGUAAUGGAGUUGAGUCGAAAUUGAACUCGCUUCCUAAUACAGG